GUGCACUGUGUCCCUCGGACACAGCGGAUCACCAAUCAUGGAAAGAGCCGAAGAUGUCGGCUCGGUCAUGUGAUCAGCUGUGUCCAAUCACAGCUGAUCACAUGCGACAUGUACACUGAUCAUCAGGGCACUGAUGAUCAGUGUGCCCUGAUGAUCAGUGUAGCCCCAGCAGUGCCACCUGUCAAAGUCAAUCAGUGCCAGCUGUCAGUGCCGAUCAGUGCCACGUGCUGGUGCCCAUCAGUGCCACAUCAAUGCCACAUAUCAGUGCAUACCAGUGCACAUCAAUGCCACAUAUCAGUGCCCAUCUGAGCUGCCGUUCAGUGUCAUCCAUCAGUGCCAAUCAGUGCCACCUAACAGUGCUGCCAAUCAGUGCCACAUAUCAGUGCUAGUCAGUG